UCCUGCUCUCGGGCGGAGUCAUUAUUGGUGUCCACGUCCAACAGAGACGUCUCAGAGAGGCAUAAUGGAUAAAAAUGCAUACAUGACUAACAUGAUGACUUGUCAUGAUGAUGAAGCUACAAGAGCAUCUCCUUCAGAAGGACUGGAAGAGGGGGAAGUAGAAGGAGAGACUCUUCUUAUAGUAGAAUCUGAAGAUCAGGCAUCAGUGGAUUUGAGCCAUGAUCAAAGCGGGGACUCUAUGAAUAGUGAUGAAGGAGAAACAUCCUGGGCAGAGGAGAUGUCUUAUUACUGUGAAAGAUGUCAAAAAUGGUUGCCAGCAAGUCAUACAAGAGAGCAGAUCACCUAUCUUAAAGGUGAUAACUUUUUCAAGUUUACUUGUUCUGAUUGUUCAGAAGAUGGGAAGGAGCACUUUGAACGGUUGAAGCUAACAUGGCAGCAAGUUGUCAUGCUGGCUAUGUAUAAUCUAUCUCUAGAAGGAACUGGUCGCCAAGGUUAUUUCCGAUGGAAAGAAGACAUUUGUGCUUUUAUUGAAAAACACUGGAGUUAUCUACUAGGAAAUCGAAAGAAGACAUCUACAUGGUGGAGCACUGUUGCUGGUUGCCUUUCUGUGGGAAGCCCUCUGUAUUUUCGCUCAGGGGCUCAGGAAUUCGGAGAACCAGGAUGGUGGAAACUUGUUCAUAAUAGGCCCCCUAUAAUGAAGCCUGAAGGAGAGAAACUUUCUGUGUCUUCUCUAAAAGCAAAAGGUUCAAAACUGUCUAUAGAUCCAAUCAUUACAGUGGAGGGGCUUAGAAAACGAGUGAGCCGCAAUCCAGUAGAAUCUGCUAUGGAGCUGAAGGAGAAGCGGUCUCGCACUCAAGAAGCCAAAGAAAUCAGGAGAGCUCAGAAAGAAGCAGCUGGCUUCAUGGACAGGAGUACAUCCUCUACACCGGUCAAAUUCACCAGUCGAAACAGGCAUUCAGACAUUAUGCUUGAAAAGGGGGAGGUGGUUGACUUUUCCUCCCUCAGUUCUUCUGAUCAGACACCUUUGACCAGCCCAUCUCCUUCUCCCUCUCUGGAUUUUUCUGCUCCUGGAACUCCAGCGUCACAUUCAGCUACACCUAGUCUGCUUUCAGAAGCUGAUCUUAUUCCAGACAUAAUGCCGCCCCAGGCCCUUUUUCAUGAUGAUGAAGAGAUGGAAGGUAUGAUAGACCCAGGAAUAGAAUAUAUCCCUCCAUCCGGUGCAUCAGGGACAAUGAUCCAAAAGAAAAUGAAGCUGUCUGAUCAGAUUAAACAAGAGCUGAUGUGUGAAGAAGGAAGAGCAGAGAGGCUAGUCAAUGUUGUGGAAAAUCAUAGUAGUACACAUGCCUUCCUUCAAGACCAAGGUUUAAACAAGCGGAAGACCCAGCAAGCUCAUAAGGAUUCGCAAUCUAAAUAUACUGCUAUUGGUAUCUAUGAAGAAAAACUUCUUUUGAGGAACUUGGAGGCCUGUCUAAAUGCAGCAGACAUGACUCCUGAGGCUCGGAGACUGAGGCGCAAGCUGAUAGUCCGAAAGAUGAAACGAGAGAGAGGUCUUCCCCUUUUUAACUUGGACGAUAUUGUGAAUUCUGCUCUUAUCUUGGUUGAUCAGUUUUAUGGAACUAAGGAAAGACAUGCUGCCUAUCUGCCAUCAGAUUAUGCAGUAUACAAAACUUCUUGCCAGGCUUUCCGAAUCUUGGAUCGAUAUCAGACUAAGGUUUCUGCUGCGAAAGAGUUUCAACAUAGAACUACAACAUUUUGGUGCCGACUUGUAGGGUCUGAAGAUACAACUGAUCAUAGCAUUAUCAGUCCCUAUACUUCUCGUGUUUUGAAACCUUAUAUCAGACGCGAUUAUGAGAACAAGCCCCCAAAGCUUCAGCUGCUGAUGGAAAUACGAGCUCAUUAUCAUAAGAAUGAUCCAGGCUGGACUGCUGAACCAGAAGCCCCCAUUGAUUAUUGCUACGUGCGUCCUAAUCACAUCCCGACCAUUAAUUCAUUGUGCCAUGAGUUCUUCUGGCCAGGGAUUGAUCUGUCAGAAUGCCUGCAGUAUCCAGAUUUCAGUGUUGUCGUUCUUUACAAAAAAGUUAUAGUUGCUUUUGGUUUCAUGGUGCCAGAUGUCAAAUAUAAUGAAGCAUAUAUCUCUUUCCUUUUCGUUCAUCCUGAGUGGAGACGAUCAGGGAUUGCAACUUUUAUGAUAUAUCAUCUUAUUCAGACUUGUAUGGGAAAAGAUGCAACUCUCCAUGUCUCUGCUAGUAAUUCUGCAAUGCUGUUAUAUCAGAAGUUUGGAUUUAAAACUGAGGAAUAUAUUUUAGAUUUUUAUGACAAAUAUUACGCUUUAGAUAGUAAGGAAUGCAAACAUGCCUUCUUCCUGAGAUUGCGACGAUAAUACAUAAGCUUAGUAGAUAAAAUUGUAGAAAACCUGUCAGUAAAGGAAAAUUUGACUUAGAA